AUGAAUUUGGAUGUUAACAUGGAAGGAGUGGAUGUUGUUAUUCCGGUUGAGUCGGUUAAACAAGUAAACGACAGAUUCGCUAACACUUUAUACGGGUAUUUCUUGGGUAAACGUUUGGCGUUUCCUGUUGUGGAAUAUUUUGCAAAAAACAGUUGGGCGAAAUAUGGUCUAAAUCGAUUAAUGAUGAAUGCGAAGGGAUUUUUCUUUUUUAAGUUCAACUCAAAGAAGGGAUUGGAAAAACUAUUGGAAGAUGGCCCAUGGAUGAUUCGGAACGUCCCUAUUAUCUUGAAUGAAUGGUCUCCAUCGGUGAAGAUGCACGAUGUACCUUUAGCGGCCUUUACUGAAGAUGGUCUGAGUUUGUUAGCUUCUAAAGUGGGUGAUCCGAAGAUGUUAGACUCAUACACGGCUUCUAUGUGUGCUGAAUCAUGGGGUAGGAGCAGUUUUGCUAGAGCCCUUAUUGAGGUUCACGCUGACUGUGAUCUAAAAAAGAAUGUCAAGGUUGCGAUCCCGGGGUUGGAAGGUAAUGGUUUCAUGACGACUGAGGUUAAAAUAGAGUAUGACUGGGAACCAAUUAGGUGUGCUGGGUGCUGUGUCUUUGGGCAUGAUGACAAAUCCUGCCCGAAGAACCCGAUAAAGGUGGCUGAUGAGGGUAUUAAGACGGAUGCAGAUGGCUUUCGGGAUUUUAAAGGGAAGAACAAGAAAGGCGGCCAGAAUGGAAUCCAGAUUAAUAAUAAGAAGACGAAGAUGGUUUACCGUCCGGUUAUUAAAAACCAAGCUAAAUCCCAAGCGGAUAGGGCUUCUUCGUCUACGGCCAAGGUUCAGAAAACAGCCGCUGGUUCCUCUCUUGCCAUACAAAGUAGACCGCCGCACCAACCACAAGCCGACCCACAAUAUGAAAAACCUUCUUCGAAUCCGCAUGCUGAAGUAAAUGGUUAUAAACCGCAUCCCAAGAUGAAUCAAUAG